GGCUGGGCGGGACCGGCGCUCUUCUCUAGAUCACCCGCAGGGCGUAGAGCCGAGGCCGGGGCAUGGCUCUGAGGACGGCCGCGAGGGGAGCCUGACCCCUGGACCCCUGCAGCUGGGCGAGCGGGCGACGCCACCGAAGCCUGGGUUUUAUCCCCUCUGCAGUUAUGGGACGAAGGAAGUCCAAACGGAAGCCACCCCCCAAGAAGAAGAUGACAGGCACCCUGGAGACCCAGUUCACCUGCCCUUUCUGCAACCAUGAGAAGUCUUGUGAUGUGAAAAUGGACCGUGCUCGAAACACUGGAGUCAUCUCCUGUACCGUGUGCCUAGAGGAAUUCCAGACACCCAUCACCUACCUGUCAGAACCAGUGGAUGUGUACAGCGACUGGAUAGACGCCUGCGAGGCGGCCAAUCAGUAGCCGCGUCACGAGCCUGCUCCUCCGCGGCCCCCAUCCGGCUCCCCAUCCAGAGACAGCCCUCCCUCUGUGUGGAUGGCUUGGAUGUGAGUAGUGCGUGGCUGCAGAUGUGACUGUGGGCAUGGAGGCAAGCGACACUGGGUCUCACCAAGCAGCCCAGGGCGGCCUUGCAGACCCUACGCCUCAAAUGACUCUGAAAGCCUUUGAGCUGCUCCCCGCCCUGCCCCACGCCUCAGCUUCCUGUCUUCUCUGGUGACAGUUCCUGACAUCCCAGGCAAGGAACAGCUGUGGGGCCUCCAGUCUCCUCAGCCACGUCGCCAGCCUUGCCCUUGGGGACCUGGACUCUGUCCUUCCCGGCCUCCUAGUGCUUGUGGUCUGGGUGGGAGUCAAGGCUACGGAGCACCGGGUCUCUUGGCUGGCUUUCCUGGGGAUGCCAUUUUCUUCGUUUGUCUUUGUAGAAAAGGUCGGGGCUAGUUGGGGCACAGCUGUCAUUCAUGAGCCUUUCAAUAAAGCAGCCAAUGUGUA